AUGGACCUCCAAUCACUCCAUGGCCUUAGCGGCGGGGCUAGGGCGUCCAAUCGCUCCAGUGGAACAGAGCUGGAGGGACGAAGGGCUGGCUCUACGGGAGGUUCGCGUAGAAACCGUACCAGACAUGGAAUAGAGGUGGAUUGCAGAGACAAUCAAAGGCACCAUGCGGUCCACUUGGUGGAAGAGGAGGCAGGAUAUUCGAACAACGACUCGAUACGGUCUGCGGAUAUGCCUUGGGAUGAGCAGCAAAGCGACGAUGAAGGCGGUAGUCACCCGAACGAUCACCGGAAAUCAGACAAUUUCAGCACACCGCCUUUGGUGGAGGAAAUUGUGUUUGGAGAGGAAGAAGAGAAGAGAACUGCCAAAUUGGAGGCGCAAAGAUUAAAACAAUCUGCUGCCUUAUUAGAUCAGGGUCUGAGACGGACGCCUGGAGCGAGUCAAAUGCAAGAGUACGAACACAUGAGACGAACUCCUGGUGCCACCAAGAUGCAUCGAUCCGCAGUUGCAGUUCCCAAUGUCAAUGUAAACAUCAACAUGCCUACAACGAAUGAUCGCACUGGUUUGGGGUAUGGACUAUCGUUACCCCCUCAAGUUACUGCUUCAGAAGAUGAUCCACCAGAAUUGACUAGUUCUAGAUGGGAAGGAGCACCUGGUAUUAGAAAGCCAGCGGCUACUGUUUCCAAUGGCUCCUCUUCCCAAGUGCGAGGACCCUUUUCCAUUUCGCCAUGGAAUUCCCGAGGUUCUACUGUUAGCCACGAAGACAGAAAUUUCAGUGGACGACUGACCAAAGAACUAGAGGACUUGUUGCGAGAGGAUGAAGAACCAGGACAGAGGGUCCCGCUUUACGAGCGAUCCAUAUUCCGGAGCGGGCACAAUGAUGAUUCCUCGCCCAAUCUCUCAGCAGCAGCAUCAACAAACGCUGAGAGAGGUCAAGAAUGGACUGCUCCUUUUGACUUGUCUACGAAAUCUUCCAAAUCUCGAAAUUCCUUUGGAGGACGCAAGGGGAAGGGACAUCACAAUGCCCGCCGUGGUGGCCGUGCGCCAGAGAAACAACAAUCUCGAGGGUCGGACUACGCGGGCGCCUUUGCGGCAAGGAUGGGUGGAUUUUUACCCUUUGGAAAGCAAAAAGCCAACCGAAAUACGCCACAGCAUGGUGGUGGUUGGGAUAAUAUGGAUGACAAUACCAUCGUGGAAGGAAGACCUAGUUUUGAAAGCGAUGAUGGGAGAGGAGAAGGGAACGGGAUCUUGAACUUUUGUGGAGCCUUUGCCCCGUACGAUGGAAUCUUCCACCGUACCUUUCCUUCCGUCAAGCCGAUGCUUGCCAAUUCGUUUCAACCAGAGGCAUCGGAAGCACCGAUGGAGCCCUCGUACUUCAACGGAGCUCCAACCUUUGGAGGUGCAUUUCAUAGUCCCGUACCGCAACAUCAGCCAUACAAUGCGUUCGAGGGGGGCUUUGCACCACAACCGCCCUUUGGUGUUCCUCCCAACAACAUGUAUGGUGCUGCUACGAGUCAUCUUCCGAUGGAGCAAGACAAGGAGCAUUUCAACUAUGGACUUUCUGUGGAAAACAAUGUGUUUGACUUUCAAACGCAACCAAUGCAUCAGCAACCGGUACCACCGCAAAAUUUCAUUCCAGUCCAUCAACCGCCACACCAAAAUGCUUUUGUGGUUGCAGCGCCACCGCCUCAUGUUUGGCCUCAUCAGCAGCCUGUAGGCAUGGUAUUUGAUGGUCAUGCUCACGCACCCGUCGAUCACACCAAUUGGCAUGGUGGCGGUGGAGCACAACAAGAACCACCACUUCAAGGCUGGGGAAUGGCUCCUCGGUUUGGCUAUGGUGUUGUUCCAGGGAACAAUGAUCCUUCGCUGCAUGCUGCUCAUCCAGUUCACACUGGCCAGGUCAAGAUGGAAUUCACGAACGUCCAACCGAAUCCUUUUGUUCCAGACAUGCAAGUUAACCCGUUCACGGAACUUCAAAAGCAGCCACCGCAAACCUCGAAUCAACCGUCCAAUCGAGUCAACAACAAUCGAAACAACUCGCAACGAGGACGGAAGAAUCAGAAUAUGGGAAACAAGAAAAACAACAGAAACAGGAAAAAGAAUGGAAAAGGCAAAAACAACAACACAAAUAACAAAAAAACGCCGACGCCACCGUUGCCCAUAUCUGAACAAGCACCACCAGAGGUACCCUGCACAAACGAUGUCCCUGCUCCUGAGGUCAAGCGUCAAGUCUCUGGCUCUAGUGAAUUGAUGGAAUCGAAGGCCGCUUGGAAAACAUUCAAUGAGAAAUUUCGAAGCAAGAAACAGUCUUCAAUGGAAGAUGCCGAAAUUUUUGCAAGUACAUGCCUUCGGGAUGGGACAUUGCCCGAAUCGAUUCACUGGAAGGUAUACUUGGAAUUGGCCGACCUUGCAAAGCGAGCCAAUCGGUUUGCAGAUGCCCGUUCUCUUUACCAACAAGUUUGCUCUUUACAACCGACCGAGUCUCAAGUUUGGUUGGAUUACAGCAAGCUAGAGGAAGACUGCUACAAUAUGAAGACUUGUGCCAAAAUUCUUGACGCUGGUUUGGAGCGUUGUGAACUGAACGAGAACCUCAUGAUCCGGGCAAUCAAGCACCAAGAGAAAAUGUCCAACUUGGAUAGAGCCAGAGAGCUCCUUGCGAAGCUCAAGCAGACGAAUAUUCAAAAGGUUUGGAAGAUUGUGCUGGAAGGAGCAUUGAUGGAGGCACGAGCUGGAAAUCAUGAUGUUGCUCGCCGUGUGCUCAAGUAUCUCAUUGUUCAUGUUUCCUGGUAUGGCCCACUGUACCUAGAAGCAUACAAGUUAGAGAAGGACCUUGGUAGCAUGAAGGAUGCUCUUGGUGUUGUCGAGAAGGGUCUCAAGGAGAAGCCCCAGUACGGUCCAUUGUGGUUUGGAGCUUUCAAAUUGUGCGAAGAGAUGGACGUGGCAAAUGAACGUUACGAUCUGCCACGUGCAAUGGAGAUGAUUUCUCGUGCAACAGGGAAUAUCAGCAAAGAGUUGGUAUUCAAGGUGCAUCUUGAGGCCGCAUCUAUGUUGGAGCGGGUGGCGACUGAAUAUCUUGAUGAUACUACGACGCCUACAUCCCAAGAGACCGCGGAACGAGCAAGAAACAGUUUUGCCGAGGCGAUGUUAAACUGUCCAAAGAACCAGAAGUGGAAGGUAUGGCUUGCGGCCGGUAGAAUGGAAGUUCUUCAAGGAAACUAUGACGCUGCAAGAACUCUUUUCCGUAGAGCGCAAGUUGUUGUGCCUGAAAAGGGAAGAGCUGUCGCUCUCUUGGAAUGCGCUAUGUUGGAGGAAUAUGCUGGAGACGUUGGUCUAGCACGUGCUGUUUUGACCAAAAGUCGCAACGUCUGUGGCAACGACUGGAAAGUUUGGUUGGAGAGCGUUUUUCUUGAAAUCAGGAAUGACGAUCAGGUUCGAGCACUUGAACUGGCCGAACUCGGCCUCGAAUUGCACAGCGGAACGGGCCGCUUGUGGGCCUCACUUGUGCAGUUGCAUCAUUAUGACAUGGGCGAACGUGCUCAGUUUGAUACUUUGAAACUUGCUUUGAAUGCUGUUCCAAAGAGUGGAGAAGUGUGGUGUGAAGGUGCAAGAAUUCACCUCAAUCCAUUUUCGAGAAGCUUUGAUCCCAAUGCAGCUCGAAGACAUCUUCUAUUUGCCACAAACUUUACGCCUCAGUAUGGAGAUUGUUUCCUUGAAAUGCUGAAGCAAGAAAUUAUCGAGCAAUGGCUCGCACCAGUUGCAACAAGAAUCAUGGAAUCGUCCAUGGAUCAAGUUGCGUUAAGUCCUGAAGGCAAUGGUCUUCAGGAGCUGGGGAGGUUUGUCCGCGACAUCUGUCGUGACAUUUUUACAAUCUGUGGUGUCAGUGCUGGCGACAGCAGUGAUGACAGCCUCAAAUACAUCGAUGAUGAGACUGCCUCGUUUGUUCGUGAAAGUUUGAAUGCAACUAUUGACGCGGUUGACACAUCGCAGAUUCUGCUUUGGUGCUCAAAUGCUGAUCCAAACUAUGGAUCACUUUGGUUUCAAUGCCGUGGAGGUCCAAAUGAUACUGCUCGACGAAUUCUCGCCAGAGCAGCGGACCUCAUUUUUGACGACGUUAAAUCCCAUUCGCAUCUGUACCUUGGUGCGUUCGCAAGACAAAUGGCAUUGGUGGCAGCCUUCAAGAAUCAAGAAAAAGACCAGGUGACGGAAUCUGGCAACAAAAAAUGCGCAGAGCGUGCUGCGCAACUGGAAGAGAGAGCAAUAGAUGUUCUCUUAGCCGCUCCUUCUUUGGAAGAGAUGUUUAGUAUCGGAGGCAAGAAUGGAAAACAAGAGGAAACCAUGGAUCUUUUGAAAAGUACCAUGAUGACACCCUCGGACUUUGUUACGGGUCUUAUUGCCCUCAACAAGAAACGUCCUAUGGAGUCUUUGCCACUUGACGAACGAAGAAAAGUUCUUUACGGAACUGAUCCUUUAUUCUCGUGA